UCAGUCUCCUCCGGCCGGGCUGUGGUCGCCUGCAGGCAGCUAGCUUCCAGACUCACAGCAGCCCAACAACUAUUGUUACCCGGCGGUGCCGCCUCCUUCUCCCGCUCCGUCUGCUUCCAGGACCCCGGCUCCCCCCCCCCCCGCGAGGAGGACAAACAGAAAGGGUUGGAGGAGAAAAGAGAAAAGGAGAAGAGAGAGGUCUUUCUCGGAGUCGGGCGUGGUAGCGAAGGGACAAAAAGUCAUCUUUAGCGGGGAAACUUGAACGUAGCAGCCACGAUGUCGCUGUCGGUGCCGCAGAACGGGGUGAAGGCGGAUAACGAGCCCGUUAUCGAGCUGUUCGUGAAGGCGGGGAGUGAUGGCGAGAGCAUCGGGAACUGCCCCUUCUCUCAGAGGCUCUUCAUGAUCCUGUGGCUCAAAGGAGUCGUCUUCAACGUCACCACGGUGGACCUCAAGAGGAAGCCAGCCGAUCUCCAGAACCUGGCUCCCGGCACACACCCGCCCUUCAUCACCUUCAACGGAGAGGUCAAAACCGACGUCAACAAGAUCGAGGAGUUUCUGGAGGACGUCCUCUGCCCACCCAAGUACAUCAAGCUCGGUGCGAGGCACCCCGAGUCAAACACAGCCGGCAUGGACAUCUUUGCCAAGUUUUCUGCAUACAUCAAGAACUCCAAACCAGAUGGAAAUGAAGCUCUGGAGCGCGGGCUGCUGAAGACGCUGCAGAAGCUGGACGAGUACCUGCGCUCGCCGCUGCCCGACGAGAUCGACCACAACAGCAUCGAGGACGUCAAGGUCUCCACCCGCAGGUUCCUGGACGGAGAUGAGAUGACCCUGGCUGACUGCAACCUGCUGCCCAAGCUGCACAUAGUCAAGGUGGUCGCCAAGAAGUACAGAGGCUUCGACAUCCCCAAGGAGAUGACGGCCAUCUGGAAGUACCUGAACAACGCCUACACCCGCGACGAGUUCACCAACACCUGCCCCAGCGACAAGGAGAUCGAGAUCGCCUACGGAGACGUAGCGAAGAGGCUGGUCAAAUAAGCCCCUCCACCCUGCUCCGCCACCAUAAGCCCCGCCCCCUCACUGUCCAUGCCCCCCCCCCUCCUUCUCCUCCACCAGAACUGAUGUGCUCAUUCACGAGAAAGAAGAAAAAAAACAAAUGAACUCUGGACUUCUUUUCCUUCUCUCCUCAUCUAGAGCGAACCUGCAUGAACCCGUUUUGUUUUCGUUCUUGUAUUUUUGACGCCCGCCCUCCGGUUUUUAUGAAGGUCUGUUCAGUCGACUUACCAACGGCCGCGCUCGUUCCAUUUCCACUGUUUAAAAAAGCUUUAUGUUCUGUCGUUCCGCGGCUGAAUGUUGCGACGCCACGAAGAAACAACCACACGUGUUUCAGCAGUCAUGGAAGGCCGGGAGCGUUUGGAGACGCGCUCCCUGACAAGUGACCUUCAAGCCAACUCUUUCACUGUGUGCAGGGGAGCCGUCACAAGCUGUUGUGUUUCUGUUGUCUAAAACUGAAUUUGCUUUUUCUUAGAUUGCUUUCAAACAAAACACUGAAUUUUUUUUUUUUUUUUGUCUCUUUUGGCUCAUUAAGAGAUUUUUUUCAAACAGUAUUGAAGCUUCAGUGUUUUCUUUCGCCUCGAGUAUUUGACAAGGUAAUCCCAACUUCAGCGGUCAACAUAUCAACUGAGACUUGCUUUAUUUUAACGUGGAACUGUUUAUUAUUAAUGUAAAGAAUUGUAACUGCAGGUAAAGCUUACCUGCCGUUCAUGAGCAUAAAGGACUUGUAGCUCAGUAGAAUUGUAGGAUCCGUCCUCGGGAAGAGCCUGAGCUCGGAGAAACAUCGACCAUAUGUAGCUCGCAGACAUGUCAGCCGCCACAUCGCCAUUACAUGAGUCGAGGAUUACCAUGAGGUUUUUACUUCGACUGUACUGACUAGCAGUAGGUUGAAAUACACAUUGUGGACCAAAAAUGAUUCUGUUCUCGCUGUGGAUUGGACGAGUCAAAGAAAACCACGCCCGUGUGGAGUGUGUGCAGUCUGACGGCAUUUAAGAUAUUGAUGAUUGAAACUAAUCAACAACAUUUGCUCAGAUUCCACAUUUUCUUCAGUGUGUAGGUCGAUCUCUACGGUAGCGAAUGUAUGCUUUGAUACAGUAGCUCCAAAAAGUGCUUUAGCGUGGACGAAACAAAACCAGAUUUUGUUUUUGUCCCGUUUGCCACCAUUUUUUUCUUUUUCAGGCAUUUGUUAUGAGACAAAUCUGACUAAAAAGGAAUUGUAAAUAUUUGUUUUCAUUACUGGGAUUUCGAUGUGUAAAUUUGAUGCAUUUCACCGGAGUUCAGAGGAAAAAACGAGCUGAUUGCGUGGGUCGGAGCUCUCCAUUCAGCAGCUCCUCUCUGCCUUACUUAUUUUUGUCCUUGCAGAUGUUUUGCAGUAAGGUUUGUUUUAUAGAGGUCGGUUCGUUACAAUGCGCGUCCUGCGUUGUACAAAGGAAAAUCCAAGCUAUGUCAUGGCUUUUUUUUUUUUUUUUUAACAAUGUUGACUGAAUUGAAAUAAACUUCUUAUUGGCACAG